UAUUCGACAACCCUAUCCUGAAAAUAACUAAUAAAAAAAUAUUGUUAAUGGAUCAAUUGGGCUUAAAUCCACUGUGCAGUUAAGGAUUCAAUUAAAGCUCCGAUCGGAGCCACGUGUCGCACCAACGAGUGGACGCCCCCAGAAAAGAACCGCAGAGCAGUGCCCGGCGGUAGCCCCAAAAAACUUGCCAUGAAGAAGAAACUCAAAUUAACAACAACAAAAACGGCUGAGAACAUGUGCAACGUAGCAUGCAGCGAUGGCGGAGACUACUUGCAGGCAAGUGGUACUAGUAAUGCUGGAUGCAGACGAGUGCAUCCCAUGGUGCUGCUGUUGCUCAUCGGCAGCUGCUGCUGCCUCGCCACGGCCUCCGCCGAUCCCCUGAAGGUUGUGUACGCCGUGAAUGCCGGCGGUGAGGAGCACACGGACCGCAAUGGCAUUACUUACGAGGCGGAUCCGCUGAAGAAUGUGGGCAUUGCCUCGGACUACGGCAAGCAUCUGCUGAUGAUUGGACGAACGCACGAGCAUGACGAGAUGCUGUAUCGCACGGAGCGCUACCACACGACGACCUUUGGCUAUGACUUCCCCACCGAUGGCGACGGUGAUUAUGCGCUGAUAAUGAAGUUCUGCGAGGUGUACUUCGAUGCCCCCGGCCGCAAGGUGUUCGAUGUGCUGCUCAAUCGCAAGCACACGGUCAUUCGGCAGCUGGACAUCUACGAACAGGUGGGCCGUGGCUCCGCACACGACGAGAUUGUCUACUUCAAGAUCAACAACGGGCGACUGCACUACUUGGGCGAGGUAUCGGAUGUGCGGAAUGGCCAGCUGCGGCUGGACUUUAUCAAGGGAGCCCUGGACAAUCCCAAGAUCAAUGCGUUUGCCCUGCUCAAAGGCGACAUCAGUCAAAUUCCCACAUCGGAGGCCAGCACAAGGAUUGGUCCGGAGAAGCCCAAUCAGCAGGGACAGCAGGAGCGUGUGGUGCGCACUCAACGCGACGAUAUAGACGAAGAUGAUGAGGAUCUAGACGAUCUGGAUGAGCUGGAGGAGGAGGACAUGCCCGAGCAGUAUGCACCACCACCACCACCACCACAGCAGCAGCAACAACAUCAGCAGCAGCAAAAGCCACCACAGCAGCCUCAGCAACAGCAACGCCAAGAGCAAUCCCAAUCCCAGACGCCCGACUCGAAGCGCGCGUUUAGCGGACCACGUCAGCCCAAUCCCUAUUCGAUGGACGACUCUUCCAUAUUGCUUCCAGUGUUUAUCGCCAUCGGGGCCUUCAUACCGCUGCUUUUCUGCCUGUGCAAGCUGUGAUCCACAUGGGAACGAUCUUGGUGCAGAGGCAUGUUUGAUUUAUUGCUUUUUGUGAUUUUUGAUAAAAGACUUAAUUAUGUACUUAUCGUUUAGUUUGUACGUUAGGCAUACCCUAGAGACCCUCCUUCCUUUCCUUUACUUUCCUUACCCUUCCCUUUAUUGCCUUUGCAUUUGCCACAAGACGCACAGAUCUCCUCCUCUUUCCCCCAUAUACGUAUAUUUCCUAUCUUUUAUAAACCUAAGUCCGUACAUAUUUAUGUAUGUGUGUUCCUUUUGUUGACUACUGCCGUUCCAGGCUGAGUGUACUUAAACAUAUUGUAACUCGAUUCUUCCAAACAUAUUAACUUAAAUUUUAGUCGGUUUUGUUCUAUGGAGAAAUGUGCGCACAAAUUCUAAGCGGUUUUGGGGCAGUUUUGCUUGAAAACUGUUUAAAUUUUGAAUCGAAAUGAAAUAAAGAAUCAACCUUGUUUGUUA